UUUAACAACUGCAGCCACCUCGGCAGCUCGCUAGCCAACAAAGUCGGAACAUUCAAGUUCUUUAGACAAUUUCGUGGUUUAUUUGCCACUAUGAUUUAAACAUACUUAUGUGGAAACAACUAGCUACCCCAUUUAAUUUAAUAUUUACGUUGUAAGUCAACUAGCUGGCUGGUUAAGUUAGCACUAGUCUAUUCGCUAAUGCUAACUAGCUAUUAUCCACGACCAUGAGCUCACUAAGGUACUCUCCUCCUGCUAAAGAAGAGGUCUGCUGGACUGAGAAAGAAGCUCUCAUGAAAGACGAGGAGGAGGAGAAGGAUGUUACAAUACAAAAACAAGUAGAGGGUGAGGCUGUUACCGUGAAAGAAGAAGAGAAAGAAGAGGAAGACGCAUUCAGAGUGAAAGAGGAGGAGGAUGUUACUGUGAAAGAAAAUGAGGAAGAUGCAGUUUUUGGAGUGGAGGAUGAAGUGAAAGAAGAUGAAGACGUUUUUGGAAUGAAGGAUGAAGAGGGAGAGAUCACUGUCACUUUAGAGGAGGACGAAGAAGAGAAGACUGGAGAACUGAUUAACACAAGUAAAUACAGAGAGAGACGUGGCUAUCGUGAAUCCUAUGGGGAGCCUCAACAACCUCAUGAUGCUGAUGAGGCAGAGAAGAGUCUCUCCAGAUCAGAACACCUCAAGAAACACCCGCAGAGAUCCACAGGGAAGAUAAUUCACUGUUGCUCUGACUGUGGGAAGAGAUUCACCUCCUCAUCGGGCAUUAAAAUUCAUCAGAGAAUCCACACAGGAGAGAAAUAUUUUAGCUGUACUCAAUGUGGGAUGAGUUUUACUACAUCUGGCUCUCUGACUUUACACCAGAGAACACACACAGGAGAGAAAUCUUAUAGCUGUGGUCAAUGUGGGAAGAGUUUUGGUCAAUCUAGUGAUCUGACAGUGCACCAGAGAAUACACACAGGAGAGAAACCCUAUAGCUGUGAUCAAUGUGGGAAGAGUUUUAUUACAUCUAACAUUCUGACUCGACACCAGAGAACACACACAGGAGAGAAACCUUAUACCUGUGACCAAUGUGGGAAAAGUUUUACUGAAUCUAGCAAUCUGACUCGACACCAGAGAACACACACAGGAGAGAAAUCUUAUAGCUGUGAUCAAUGUGGGAAGAGGUUUGGUCAAUCUAGCGAUCUGACAGUGCACCAGAGAACACACACAGGAGAGAAACCUUAUAGCUGUGGUCAAUGUGGGGAACGUUUUGGUCAAUCUGGCCAUCUGACAGUACACCAGAGAAGACACACAGGAGAGAAAUAUUUUAGCUGUAAUCAAUGUGGGAAGAGUUUUAUUACAUCUAGCAUUCUGACUCAACACCAGAGAACACACACAGGAGAGAAAUCUUAUAGCUGUGACCAGAGAUAAUCUGAUAAAAGAUCUCUGAUCAAAUAUCAGAAAAUACAUAGAUGAAGGAGUUGUUUCAUGAUAUCAAUGAAAUAAUGUCACAAUGUAGAAUGUUUUAACAUUGUAGUAUGAGUAUUUUAAUGUCACAAUGUGGAAGCCUAAACGUUUGCAGUUUAUCAAUUGAUUUCAGCAUGAUAUGGAUAUUAGCCUCGGGUAAAAUCCAGGCUCUGAUUUGAAAGAGUACUAUUUAUGUGAUUUAACAAAACGUGACUAACAAAAAAAUAGUUAUGUUACACGUUGGUGACCCACUUGAAUCAAAAUGCAACACUUCAAAAUGUAUCUAGCUGUUUACUACAUUGGUGACCCACUUGAAUCAAAAAUGUAGCUAGCUGUUUUCUACAAAUUGUCCUCUAACCAGUGAUGUACACAUUAUUCCCAGAUUCCGUGUGGUUUUUGAGCUGUUAGUUUUAACAGGACAUGCAACCUCAUCUCCCUCCUCUCGCACAGUUGAUUUCAACAUAAUAUCGAUGAGUGAUGACAAAUAAGUGUUGUGUUCCUUUGUUCAGCGACCCCUACAUUUAAAUGCAUCACUCCAAAAUGUUGCUGACUGUCUUCUGCAGGUUGUCCUCUAACCAGUGAGGUGAAAGAUAUCUCCAAUUUCCAUGUGUUUUUUUAGUUGUGCUAAUUUCAACAGCACUUACAACCUAAUCGAAAUCAGUGAUUUAUUGCUUCUUGUCAAAACAACAGCGUUUGUGCAGUUUAUAAGGUGCUUGUUUAAAAAAUACAAGUAAUAUGAUUAUUGUGGCAGAUGUUUGUGUAUAUAGCACAUUUUAUGUAUAUAGCACAUUUUAUGUUUAGGUUUUUAAUUUAUCCCAAACUGUUUCUACAUAUUGGUUAUUGAUUUGGACACGUUAAAAAUGUGUUUUGACAUUGGCCUAUUCCACCUAGCAAAAUGUAAUUGAAAAGAAGAUUAUGCCCGAUGUCCAAUAUACGUUCGUUCGGUUGUAGGGGAAAGUUGAAAAUAUGUAUUUUCGGGUAGUUUUUUCAGUGACUUGAAAAUAACUUAAUUUCAACUUACUUGCAAGUAGCCUAGUGGUUAGAGCGUUGGGCCGUCAUUGUAAGCCAGAAUUUGUUCUUAACUGACUUAUUUACAAUGACUGCCCAACGCUCUAACCACUAGGUUAGUGGUUAGAGCUCGGGAUUCAAUCCAGCAACCUUUCGGUUACUGUUAAAUGAAGGUUAAAAGAAAGAAAGAAAUACACAUGGACGCAGUAUAAUACAUUUCUCUAUUAACAAUCUUACAUCACUCCAGUAUUUCUUGAUAACAUUCAAGUGCUAAUUGUCUUUAUUCCACUACUGAAGAAGCAUGUCUCAAAUCACCUACUCAUAUUUCAAACAUUCAAAAUAUAUACAUUUAUAUUAUUCCAUGCCUCACCAUUUAAGUUAAUUAUUGCCAAUACAUAUUAACAAAGGGGGGUACAUUUGAUCAGAAUUUAUUUUGACUGCACGUUUUUCCGUAAUGGAGAUUAGUUUUGUUUGGACUCGUUCCAAGUGGAAUAGAGGCUAGUGAGUUUUAGGAAGACGAGAGUUCUAGAAGCUAGUGAGUUUUAGGAUUCUAUAGAAAGAAAAAGGAGAAAAGAUACGAUUGUAUAUUAUUAUUUAGAAAUACGUGUUUUUAAUUGUUGACAGCCAGUAGACACCAUGUUUAUGUUGUAGAAGGUGAAGCAUUGUAGUUGAUUUAUAAUGUGAAAUGGAAGUUGUUUCUGUUGGUGGUAAGCUAACUUGUCAAACAAAAAUAUAGGAUAUAUUUGUUGUCUUAAGGGGGAAGGUGUUACAGGCUUUGGUUUUUCCAUUUAUGUUUUGAGGUUGGAUUGGUUAGUCAGUAUGUGUUACACCUGUGCUGGCUUCUCCAUCUCGUUAGCAGGAAGGUGUUUCACCUGACCUGGCCCAGGUUCUAUUUAAGAGUGUCUGGCCCAGUGCUCCAGUUGUCUUGAUAGAUGUGGAGAGUCAACACCUUUUAGUUGUGCUACUAUUUUGGUUUGCUUCCUGUCUUUAAGUUUGGUGUGGAUUUUUCUUUUGUUUUUCCUGUUUCUAUUGGGUUGCAUCCAUGUCUGCUGUAUAAAUAAAGCUUGAUUUGAACAUAUUGUAAGUCAAAUGAACCCAAUGACCGACCAAUCAACAGACUCUUGGUCCAUCUUAGUAUGAAAAACAGUAUCAAUCCCACUUUUCAAGCCUGCUGAAGGCAUGGUGGAGUGGUAAACACCACCCCCGGCUCUACCAGGGGCUUGAGGUUUACUCCCAUAGCUCUGCUUAUGUCAUGUUCUGUGGCCUUGCCGUUCCAUUUCUUGACUGCAACACAGAAACACAUUGUCAUAUUAUAUAAAACACUCAGAGUAAUGGAUAUGGAGCAUCUAUGGCCUCAGUUACACCUGGCACCUAAAUGUGACUUCUGUCACCCGAUCACUCCAAGCUGCAUUAGGUUCAGAUCUACCAGGAUUGACAUAGUCUGGAUGCAGUCAGGCCACUGAAUAUGCAUAAGCAACGUAAAGAGAUGGGGUGAAUGAGUGGGGAAAAGUACAUUUUACA